AUGGCAACUCAGCUAGAGAUUUUCGUGAGGGCGCUUUCUCGCCUACUCGGCUGGAUAUACACGUUCUGUUGGUCUGCGUCCUUCUAUCCCCAGCCGAUCAACAACUUCCGGCGACGGUCGACAACGGGGCUGGCAAUCGACUUUCCUACCAUCAACGUGCUGGGCUUCGUGUGCUAUACCAUAUAUACUUCCGCUUUCCUUUACUCUCCCGUGAUCCGUCAUCAAUAUGCUGCUCGUCACCCACUUGCUGAGGACCCGACCGUGCGCUUCAACGACUUUGCCUUCGCCCUACAUGCUGUCGUCCUUAGCUUCAUCACGUAUACACAGUUCUGGCCAUUCAUCUGGGGGUUCAAGGUCUCUCGCCAUCAGAAAGUUAGCAAGCCGGUAGCAGGCCUUUUCUGGGGCUCUAUAGUCGGCGUCACGAUCGUGAUCUUCAUCGUUCUCGGUCAGAGCCCAAAUAACGGCUAUGACCCAUACUCCUGGGCGUGGAUCGAUGUUAUAUAUGCCCUUUCUUACGUGAAACUGGUCAUCACCAUCGUGAAGUACGUACCUCAAGCGUGGGUUAACUAUAAGCGUAAAUCCACAUACGGCUGGAGUAUCGGACAGAUCUUAUUUGAUUUGUCUGGGGGUGUCUUAUCCCUUGCCCAGUUGCUGCUGGAUUCUAGCUUCCAAGAUGACUGGAGUGGAGUCACAGGAAAUCCCAUCAAGUUCCUUUUGUCGAACGUUACCAUCUUUUUCGAUCUGAUCUUUGUGGUACAGCACUAUAUCCUCUACAGAGAUGCAGUGGACGAUAGCGGUAAGGACCGGAACCCGAGUGAUCGGACUCCUUUGUUGUCCGUGUCCGACGGACAGCCCGGGCGCAGUUAG